UGGCCCUGUCAUAGUUGUAGUUGCUGUCGCAAAGUCCCCAGAUCCGAAAAUCUGUUUUAGUUUCAAAACAUAAGUUCCUGUCUAUUGUCAGUCGAAGUCCAACAGCAGAGGAGACACGGCAAGACCAGCGCAAACGGACAGGGAGAGCAAACAACUCAUCAUGGUGCAGAUUUCGCAGACAGAGGAGGACAUCAAGAUCUCCAUCGAACUCAAUCGACUGGUCACUCGGAAGCCGGACGUUGUGCUCCUUCCCCAGUAUCUGAAGUUCAACAAUCCACCCAUUUUCUUUGAGCGCCAUCUGGCCCAGGAGAUCGAUGAAAUGGCCAGCUUCUGCCGCAUCUUCAAGAACGAGGCCCGCAUCGUGCUGGUGAAGAAGGAGAAAGGCUUCUGGCCGGAGAUGUUUCAGAAGCUGGACAAAGAGGCCCUCAUGCAGAAGCGUUUGGAGAUAGCCGACCUGAUUGUGGAGCGGAAUAAGCAGCGCGACGAGAAGGCUGUGGAGCGGUACGAGAACAAGCGUCGGGCGGAGAUCGAGAAGGAGAUCAAGCGAGAGACUGCCAUGCGGGAUCGAGUGAAGCAGUUCCAGGAGAACUCGGUGCGCGAGGCCCUCGUGGUGGAUGUUCGCAAGGAGGCCAAUGCGGCGCCACCCAAGCUCGAUCCGCCAUCGUCGGUGGCCGCCAGUCGUCUGGCCACGCCCCUCAUGCGCCCGCCCAUGAGCUCCGUACGCGGCGGCGGUCGCAUCACCGUCAGCUUCACCAGCCAGCACAAGCGAGAGACCCCGAAAAGGGAGUCGCAGGCCAACAUGGAGAAGGCGUAUGCCGCGGCCGGAGGACCCAAUGCGAAUGUCCAAUCCCCGAUGGAGAGCCUGGAUGAAUGAGGAGUGUACGUUGUGGGUGGUUGUCAAAGACUGUGCUGUUCUUUGUUUUCUCAUUCCAUUGAAUAAAUCUACAGGUAUUUGCUUUA